AAGCAUUGUCGCUCUAGGUUUCUGCACUCUAUAGCGGAACCGCUUCCUUCCUUCGGAAGCCAGGAGAUUCCGUAUUCGGAUGGGUCCGCUCGUUGUUCGCCGGAUCCUGCGCAGAGUUGCCGGACCGUGGCUCCGGUCUCUGCGCUGAGCCUUUUUUCCAUCCACCCGCGUGUUCGAAGCCGAGCCGGAACUGUCGGAGUGGGCACCUGCGGUUCACCGGAAGGCGUUGGGAGCAGAACCGGAAGGGAAACGGGCCGGGGAGAUUCGUUGAGGGAGCCUCUCCCGCUUGACCUGAGAGCCGCUCGGCUUUUGACGGCGCUUGUGGGCGGCCGCCCGGGGGAGACGCCGCCGGCAUGUCCGCCUUCGACUUCAAAACCUACGUGGAUCAAGCAUGUAGAGCAGCGGAAGAAUUUGCAAAUGUUUAUUAUGAAACCAUGGAUAAAAGAAGACGGGUAUUAACCAGACUAUACACUGAUGAUGCAACUCUAGUUUGGAAUGGGAAUGCUAUAUCUGGCCAAGAAGGCCUUGCUAAAUUCUUUGAGCUGUUACCAUCUAGUGACUUUCAAGUGAACACGUUUGAUUGCCAGCCUGUUCAUGAGCAAGCGACUCAGAAUCAGACUACUGUUCUUGUCGUGACCUGCGGGACUGUCAAAUUUGAUGGGAACAAGCCACAGUACUUCAACCAGAACUUCUUGCUAACAGAACAAACCACAAAUAAUAACACAGUCUGGAAAGUCAUGAGUGAUUGUCUCCGUUUCCAAGAAAGCCCUCAUUAGUGAGAUGAGCAAGAUGUUUUCUUCUGGAUUUUUUUUAAAAAAUAGCCCUGGUUUUGGGGAUGAGCCUGUUGAGUAUGGAAA